AUGGUGCACCCCGAUGUUUUCCCCAAAUAUAUUGUGUCUCUGGAUGCCAAAGGUGUUAUUGUGAAGGAGGUAGAUGUUGUCAACCAAUUUAAAAAUGAGCAAGAGUUUGAAUUUUGUGAUCACAUGCUUCAAUGGAUUCGUACAGAGGCCUCCAAACUGGGAUUUGUUGUGGUAAUCGGAAGUUCCGAUAAUGGUUCGGAUAUAAGAUAUACAUUUCUGAUAAUAACAUGCAAAAGAGGUGGGAAAUAUAGACCUCAUCUCCAGAAUUUUAAACAAGAUGGCACUGGUUCAAGAAAAUGUGAAUGUCCCUUUAAGUUGUGUGGUUAUAUGUUGGCAAAUAAGAGAUGGAGAUUUAAGUUCAUAUGUGGUUUACAUAACCAUGACUUGUGUGAAAAGUUAGUUGGUCAUCUGAUUGUGUUUCGCCUCAUUCUGGAAGAGAAGGGAUGCGUUUCAGACAUGACAUUGAAUUUGGUUCAACCAAAAAACAUACUUACAACUUUGAAACGUAAAAAACCCGAAAAUAUCCCAAAUAUCAAGCAAGUGUACAAUAUAAGUUACCAAAACAACAAGGCACCAAAGGAGGAUAGAAGUGAAAUGCAACAACUAUUGAAACUUUUUUAUGAUAACAGUCAUGUUUCCAGGUACCGAACGUGUGAGGAUGGAGUAACGGUUAGAGAUAUAUUUUGGACUCAUCCUAAUUCCAUCAAGUUGUUCAACAUGUUUCCUAUUGUGCUCAUCAUUGAUUCAACAUAUAAGACCAACAAGUACAGACUUCCACUAUUGGAGAUGGUUGGCGUUACCUCUACUGAGAAGACUUAUUAUGUCGGGUUUGCAUUUCUAGAGAGAGAGAAAGAGGAGAAUGUAACUUGGGCUUUAGAGGUGUGUCGGGAAAUGUUGAAGGACCAAGAAGAGAUGCUGAAAGUAAUUGUUACCGACCGUUAUACCUCUUUGAUGAAUUCAGUUGCAAAGGUAUUUCCUACUUCCUAUGCACUACUUUGUAGCUGUCACACAACAAAGAAUGUGAGAAGUCGGGUUAAAGUCGCGGUAGGGACGAAACAGAUAAAGGUCGAAGAUGGUAAAAUGGUGAAGGCGGGUUUGAUAGUGGAAAAAAUAAUGGAUUCAUGA